UUUACAGAUUCCUGGGUCGUUUCCAGGCGCAGGGGUGCACUUGCGGGCAGGAGCGCAGGCCGUCCACAAUCAAGGCGAGAGGGCUCCGCAGAAGGAGAUCCCCCUGGAGAAUUUCAGGAAGAAGCUUCUCUCUGGGUAAAAAACAGAACGAUAAGAAAAAUUGCGAAAGAACUGAGUCAGAAAUAGAAAAAAAAUUCACAUCAAAGAAGACCAAAAACGGGCAUGAAAUAAGUCCCUGAAUCAAAAUGACCGAAACAGGGGAGAAACCAUACAAAGGCAUGGAAUGUGGAAAGAGUUUUAAUCAGAGUGGACACUUAAAUUUACACCAGAGGAUCCUCACCUGCGAGAAACCAUACAAAUGCAAUGAAUGUGGCAAGAGUUUCAGCGACAGUGGAUCAUAUAGAAAACAUGAAAUAAUCCAUACAGGGGAGAAACCAUUUAAGUGCAUGGAUUGUGGAAAGUGCUUCAAUCGGAUCGAUAAUUUUAACUUACAUCGAAGGAUUCACACAGGGGAGAAACCCUUUAAUUGCCUAGAAUGUGGGACGAGCUUCCGUCAGAGUGGAGAUCUACGUGCACACCAAAGGAUCCACACAGGGGAGAAACCCUUUACGUGCAUGGAAUGUGGGAAGAGCUUCAGUCACAGAAGCCACCUGAGUACACAUCAAAGAAUCCACACUGGGGAGAAACCAUAUAAAUGCAUGGAAUGUGGAAAGAGUUUCAGUGACAAUGGAUCAUAUAGAAAACAUCAAAGGAUCCAUACAGGGGAGAAACCAUUUAAGUGCAUGGAAUGUGGAAUGAGCUUCAAUCAGAGUGGUAGUUUUAAUUUACAUCGAAGGACUCACACGGGGGAGAAACCCUUUAAAUGCCUAGAAUGUGGGACGAGCUUCCGUCAGAGUGGAGGUCUACGUGCACACCAAAGGAUCCACACAGGGGAGAAACCCUUUAAGUGCAUGGAAUGUGGGAAGAGCUUCAGUCAGAGAGGUCACCUCAAUACACAUCAAAGCACUCACACUGGGGAGAAACCCUAUCAAUGCAUGGAGUGUGGGAAGAGCUUCAUCUGGAGUGGACACUUAAUUGUGCACCAGAGGAUCCACACCGGCGAGAAACCAGACAAAUGCGACAAAUGUGGAAAGAGUUUCAGUGUCAGUGGAUCGUACAGAAAACAUCAAAGAAUCCAUACAGGGGAGAAACCAUUUAAGUGCAUGGAAUGUGGAAAGUGCUUCAAUCGGAGUGAUAGUUUAAAUUUACAUCAAAGGAUUCACACAGGGGAGAAACCCUUUAAAUGCCUAGAGUGUGGGAGGAGCUUCCGUCUCAGUGGACAGCUACGUGAACACCAAAGGAUCCACACAGGGGAGAAACCCUUUAUGUGUGAGGAAUGUGGAAAGAGCUUCGGUUGGAGCAGUCACUUGAGGAGACAUCGAAGCAACCACACUGGGGAGAAACCAUAUGAAUGCAUAGAAUGUGGAAAGAGCUUCAGCGACAGUGGAGCAUAUAGAAACCAUCAAAGAAUUCAUACAGGGGAGAAACCAUUUAAGUGCAUGGAAUGUGGAAAGAGCUUCAAUCAGAGCAGUCAUUUAAAAUUACAUCAAAGGACUCACACAGGGGAGAAACCCUUUAAAUGCCUUGAAUGUGGGACGAGCUUCCGUCACAGUAGAAAUCUACGUGCACACCAAAGGAUCCACGCAGUGGAGAAACCCUUUACGUGCAUUGAGUGUGGGAAGAGCUUCAGUCAGAGUGGUCAGCUGAAUACACAUCACAGGAUCCACACUGGGAAGAAACCGUAUAAAUGCUUGGAAUGUGGAAAGAGUUUCCGCCGGAGUGACAAUGUACAUUCACAUCAAAGAACCCACACCAAGUGAGAAGCCUCAUAAUGUAUGGAAUAUGGGAAGACCUUCAGCUACCUUGAAGUGCCGGGCUUUCCGGUUACGAAAUAACAAACAUGUUUAUUCAUUUACA